AUGUCUCUUCCAAAAAAUUUACAGGUAGGCUUCUCUCCUCAGGAGAUUCAGUUUCUCAUAGAGAAUGAGCCUAUACGUAUUAUGCCUAGAAUUACAACUAGAAAGACGAAAAAACAACAAUCAACAGACUUAGGUAGUCAAUGGUCCCUACUAACAUGUGAUGACACGGCAGUUAAUAAUAUGGUUGUAAUGAAUAGUUGUGAAGUUACUAUAUGGCUAGCACUACUACUCAAACAGCAGGGAAAAUGUAAUAUAAUAGUUCCCAGUUGGCUCACGCUACAGCAAUUGGAUAAGUACCUUGAAUACGAGCUGAAAAAUACAUCAAGAUUUUCAAACUUGCCAUGGAACUGGCUUGUGCUGUCAACGUUGCUGUUUUCAAGGUGUAGUGACGAUUUUAAAGACCCUGUUCAUUUGUUACGAUCUAAAAUUCAGGACUUGAGAGAAGUUCGUUUGGGCAAAGUCAACAAGGGGUUACAGUAUCUUAACGAGUCGCAUCUUCAGCUAGAGAAUCUGUCUCUGAUGGAAAUUAACGAAAUGCGUCCAUAUGCAUGCGGGAUCAUGGAUAAACUAAGAACGAUUCAUGACGCUAGUAACGACACGUCGUGA